UUGGCUUAUCUGGUUAAAUGGAGGAAGAUUUGAAAGAAAGUAAAUCUUAGGGGGGAUGGACAAUAUUCAGGUGGCUAUCCGUGUGCGUCCUUUGAUUGCAAAGGAAGCAAAUACUGGACAGAAUAAGGUGUGGAAUGUCAAGGACAACACACUGGAACCUCUGGACCAGAGUGGCAAACCCGGGGUUCCUUACACCUUUGAUAAAAUAUUUGAUGAACACAUGACAACCUAUGAUGUGUUCCAGGGAGUUGCUAAACCAAUAAUUGAUGCAGCUGUUCAAGGCUUUCAUGGAACAAUUUUUGCAUAUGGACAGAGUUCCUCAGGCAAGACCUUUACAAUGUCGGGAAGUGCUAUGAAUCCAGGAAUCAUUAAACUGGCUGUUAACGAAAUAUUUGCAAGAAUAGACAAGAUUCCGGACAGAGAGUACCUGGUACGCUGUUGUUACAUGGAGAUUUACAACGAGAAGGUGUCAGACUUACUAUCCACUGAGGACAAAAUCAUCAAGAUCCAAGAAGAUACCGAAAGAAAUGUUAAUGUCAUUGGUGUAGAAGAACGAUAUGUGAUGAAUGAAGGUGACCUGAACGCUGUCCUGAAGGAGGGAGAAGCAAGAAGACAUAUGGCAGAGACCAAACAGAAUGACAGAAGCUCUCGCUCUCACUGUAUACUACGUAUAAUAAUAGAGAGCAGACAGAUAGAUGAUGAAUCAGCUGUAAUGGUGGCACACCUGAAUUUUGUGGAUCUGGCGGGUUCUGAGAAGGCGGGAGAGAACACAGGAGACAGAUUCCGUGAGGGCUGUUCUAUCAACAAAUCUCUCUUUACCCUGGCUCGUAUUAUUGCCAAACUUAGCGAGGGAGUCAGUAAUCAGCAUAUUGGGUAUCGUGACUCGAAGUUGACCCGUAUCCUACAGAAUGCACUGGGAGGUAACUCUAAGACGGCCGUUAUUGCCACCAUCACCCCAGCUUCUUUGGAGGAAUCUCACAGUACGCUUAAGUUUGCAACCAGAGCCAAAUCCAUUUCCAACAAACCUAUGGUCAAUGAAGUUCUCUCUGAUGCUGCCCUACUGAAGAGAAGUCAUAAAGAAAUCCAGAAACUGCAGGAGAAAAUUAAAGCGAUGGAAAACAUAGAUGUCUCUGAAUUACAAGGAGAAAAAGAAGAUUUAGAGAAGAAACUGAAAGAAAAAGAAGAAAUGGAACAGAAAUACCAUGACCUUUUGAACUCUCUGAAGUAUGUCAUCCAGUCAGGAACCACACAGCAAAAAGAGGUUAUCCCACAGUCCAAACGACGUAAAACAUGGUGUCCAGGAAAGGGAGCCUCUGUCAGUUCUCCCAGACGAUUCAGCUUCAUCAACCGAAUGAACUUUUUUAAUGAGGCGGACGAAACUGGCAUUGAAGACAUAUCCCCUCCUCACAUCAGAAAACGCAAGUCAAAUGAGAGACUCCAGGAGCCAGCAGAAAAGAAGCAUGUGACAUUCCAGUCUGAGGAAAUUAAGGAAGAGGACGAUGAGGCCUUCAUUGUGGAUCCCUUGGCUAGGGAGCUCCUAGACAUGCAAGACAAAUAUGAAGACUUACUUAAUGACUUUGAAGAAUUGAAGAAAGAGAAAAUGGAGAUAGAAGAGUAUCACCGUCUAGAACUACAGUCAAACAAAGAGGGAAUGGACAGAGUGAUACAGUUAGAAGAAAGCGAGAGAAGAAACAAUGAGGACAUGAAGAAUGUCAGACAGGAGUUGACAGAGCUGGAGGAAAAAUUCAUAGAGAAAACUCAGAAAAUGAAGUCCAUGGAGGAGAAGAUGAAUGCAUUGUCAGAUGAGAAUUUUCACUUGGAACACAGACUUCAGAUUCAAAACAAGAAGGUCAAGGAAUGUCAGUCUGAGCUAGAUAAGAUACGACAACCAACAGAAGAGGGUGUAGAGGAGAGGUCAGAGGUUGAAAGGUUAAGAUCAGCCAAUGAACAGUUGGGGUCAGAGGUGGAGAAGUUGCAGUCAUCCAAUGAAGAUCUAAGGUCAGAAGUUGAAAAAUUGAAGGCUGCAAAUGAGGAACAAUUAUUGGAGGUUGAAAAAUUUAAAACUUCCAAUGAUGAGUUGAAAGAAAAUCAAAGUACAGUAGAGAAGCUCAACAAUAAAGUGCAGGAACUGGAAAAGACAAUAAAAGUAUUUGAAGAAACUGUGGAAGAUUUCCAAUCUGAGAACAAGCAGCUGCAAAAGUCAGUGGAGGAGAAGACACAGGCACUAGAAGAGUUAAAAACUAUGACAGAAUCCAAGACAGAUGACACUGGUGUCAUUCAGGAACUCCAACAAAGAAUUGUAUCCUUGGAGGAGGAAAUUAAGCAACAUAGCAGAGAGGGUGAUGAAACUGAGGAGGUAGAGAGUGUAAAGAGACAGCUUGAGGAGGCAAGUGGAAAAAUUACUGAUUUAGAAGAACAACUGGAGCAGAUGAAUGGUGCCUCCUCAAUAGCUGAUGAAAAUUGGAAGGAACAUAAAAUACAUGAACUAGAGAAGACUAUUAAAGUAUUUGAAGAAACUAUUGAAGAGUUUCAAGCAGAGAAUAAGCAGCUUCAGAAUGCUUUGGAGGAGAAGAGACAGGAAUUAGAAGAGUCGAAAACCACAGCAGAAUCCAGUGAUUUGGAUAAUAUGAUUCAGGAGCUUCAACAGAGAGUGCUUUCCUUGGAAGAGGAGGUCAAACAACAUGUGUCAGAAAAAGAGGAUCUUAAGGCAAAGAACAAGGACCUAGAGAAUACUUUUGUUGACUUGAGGAGAAGCUUGGAGUCUUCAGAAGAGGCUAAAACUGCAGAGGAAAAAUUGGAAUGUGAAAGGAGGAUGCUGGAAGAGGCAAACGGAAAAAUAGUUGAACUUGAGGAGAAAGUUAAAGCACAAGUGGAAGAAAUGAACAAACUUUCUUCAAUGGCGGAGGAAAAACAGAAUGAUUUAGAAAGUCAAUUGAAAGAUAGUAAAAAUGAAUUAAAUAGACUCAAAGAGAACUUCAGUGAUAGCGAAAGGUUGAAGGCAGAGAGAAUUCAAGAACUUGAGACAGAUCUUCACCAGGAAACAUUGAAACAUGCAGAGGAACUGGAGAAGGUCAGGAAAGAGAUGAUGGAAUCUGUAGAGAAGGAGACACACAUAGAGAAGGAGGGCUGUGUGAGGUGUAGGAGGAGCAGAAUGGAUGUGGAAUUCACUGAUUUACGGAGGACGGAGGAGGUGGAGAGACUGGAUAAGAGUGUGAAUGUGAGUCUGCAGGAGGAAUCCCAGGAAAUAAAGUCAGAGAAUGUCAUGGAUGAUGAGGAAAGAGCCAGACUGGAAAAGAAUAUUGUGGAGCUGCAGGAUAGGAUAGAUGUAUUAGAACAAGAAAAGGGAAAUCUCAAAGAUCCCACAGAACUGAUGGAGCAAUUCCAAAAUAUUGUGGAGGUGAUGAAGAAAGAACAUGCCAAAGAAAAACAUAAAAUGCAGGAGGAAUUCGAAUCCCAACAAGAUAAAAUGAUUCAGGAGGAAAUGGAACGCUUGCGUUGUCAGUGCGAGGAGUUGGCUCAGUCUGUGAAUGAAAAAGAGGCUUUGUGUCAAGAGUUUAAGGAAGCUGUUACUGAAAAAGAGGCUCUCUGUGUCGAACUUCAUGAAAAAAUCAUGCAGAGUGAGAGUUCAUCAGAAGCAAAUGUUCAUGGACCUUGUCUGAGUUGCCAAAAAUAUGCAGAAGACAUUUGUGACUUUCAGAGACAGCUUGUGCUUAAGACAGAGAAGGUUGAAAGCCUGGAGGAGUGUAUGUGUAAACUAAAGGAUGAAAAGGAAAAUCUGCAAAGACAGAACUCAGACAUUUCAAACCUACAGGAGGAAAUUAAUAGUCUACAAACUCAAAUGAAUGAGAAUGAAAGCAAAAUUAUUAGUUUACAAGAAGAAAAUGAGAGACUUCAAGAAAACGCAAAAUUGAAUCACUCUACAAGACACAGGUCUGAAAGUUCCAGUUGUAUGAAUAGAACCCAUUCAGAGAGUAUGGACUACACAGAGAUGUGUGAGAGACUCUCAUUGGAGAACGUCUCACUACAGGAACGAGUGGAGGAGCUCAGCGAAGAAGUCAGCAGUCUCCAGGAUCAGAUGAAGAAUUACCAACAGGAAGUGGAAUGCCUGGAGGACAAUCUAAAAGAAGCCCAGGAGGAAAGCAGGGUGUCACGUGAAAAAGUCUGGGAAUUGGAGGGGAAGCUGAUAACAGAGACAAGUCAUAGCAGCUUAGAUUCCAAAGAAAGUCAAGAAACACAGACUGAAGAGUUCACUGCUGAGACAUCUAUGUAUACAGAACAAUCUUCACAAACAGAAGAUCAAGAUGAUGUACAAUCUCAGAGGAAGGACAGUGAAGAGGGCUGUACAAAGGAACAGCUUCAACUUUUGUCAGCAGAGAAUGAACACCUGAAGGAAAGACUUUCUUCACUGGAGGAAGAAACAAGGAAACAUGAGGAAUGGAAGCAGGCCAGGGGGGAAGAGGAGGAGGUUGAAUCCCACAGGGCAGAAGCACUGAGACAGGAGCUGGUCUCUCUGAAAGAAGUGCAUCAAGAUCUAAACGAAAGACUGCAGGAUGUGACCAAAAACUGGGAGGAAGCAGAGGAAAAAGUGUUAGAGCUCAGUCACUGUCUGGAGGAAACGAAGGAACAGGUGACAGGCCUGACAAAAAGACAGGAGGAAUUAGAGGAGGAAAUAGUCAACUAUCAGAGACAGAUUGAGGCUUUACAUGGGAAAGAGUCUGAUUUAACAGAUCACAAGAAUAGUGAAGAGGAAAACAAGUACUGUCAAAAGCUGGAGGCUGAAAUCCAGACAUUGAAGGAGGAAAAUGAAAAGUUACAGUCUGAACUUGAACAGAAAGAGAAGAAAGUAAUACAUUUUGAACAGCAAAUAUGUUUAUUAGAGGAAACACAAAAGGAAUUCCAAAGUGAACUUAAAAAGUUAGAAGAGGAAAAAAUAUCCCUGGAAUCAAAAUUAAUAUCUGUUGAGGACCUAAGGGCAAGCCAUACUGACGAAGUUCAGAAUCUGAAAGAAGAAAUGGAGACGCUUUCAUCUGAAAAGGAGAAACUGAGAGCAAAAUUAGAGAAGGGAAAGGCAGAGUAUGCCAAGCAGCAGGAAGUCCUGCAGACGCGGUGGGAACGUGUGAUGGAGCUAUCAGAUGAGACCAACAGUUUACGGGAUUCCAUGGAGGAGCUGGAGCAGUCGCUGGCCUCGGCUAACACAGAAAUCCACAAUCUGAAGCUGAAGAACAUGCAGCUGGAAUCCACGGUGAGGGAUAAAGAGCGGGAGGCAGCAGACGUUCAGGACCAGUGUCAGUUCCUAGAGUCAGAGGUGGAGAGUCAGAAGUCAGAGAUACAGAGUAUGAGUGAGGAGAUGUGGCAACUCAAACAGAACUUGGAUCAAAGUGCAAGUAGUUCAGCCCUAGAAGAAAUGCAAACCAAGAUGGCAGAGAAGGAUUCCAUGAUCAACUCCCUAGAAGAACAGCUUCAGUCCAUGGAGCAUGAACUAAAAGCUGGGGAAGAGGGCAUGGAAAAGGUCACCUCAGAGUUACAGCAGAAGAUCACAGCAAAGGAAGAGGAAGUGGUGUCACUAAAGAGGGACCUGGAGGGUCUCCAAUGUAAACUGAAGGCAACUGAGGACAAACUUAAAGAGUCAUCUGACCAAAGCAUUGUGAAUCCUGUAAGAGAUGAACUACAGGGGGAGAUAGAGAGGAAAGACGGUGAACUUGGUUCACUUAAAUCCGAGAUUCAGACUCUCCAGGCUCAGCUAGAGAAGGAGGGGGUUCAGGAACUCCGCUACACCAUAUCAGAGCUGGAGGUCAACGUUCAAAAUUACAAGACAAAGAACUCGGAACUUGAACAAGUGAUAAAGAAGAUGCAGUCGGGUGCCAGUAUUCCCCAGAUUUUACAGAAAGAAAUGGAGCAUAUCAAAUCGGAGUGUGAUACCCUGAAGAAUGAAAGAGAACAAUUCCGUCUGGAGGAGAAAAUGAAGAGAGCAAAACUGGUAUCUGAAUUCAAUUCUCAAAGACUUACCAUUCAAAAACAAAAGAAAUCUAUUCAAGAUCUAUUGAAAGAGCUAGAGGAAGUUGACAGUAAGGUUGUGGGUCAGGAGGUCAUGGAGAAACUGUCCAAGGAGGAAAAGGAGAACGACAAAUUGUGGGCGGACCUACAGGUCAAGGACAGAGAGAUCCAACAUCUCCGGGGAUACCAGAAGCAAGUGGUGGAUCUGAACAAACGAGUGGCGGAGUUAGAGAAAAACAAAGUAGAUCUAGAAAAGAGGCUUAAGGAGUCCAGGAAAUUAUCAGAGAGAAACGAAGAAGACUUGUUCACUCCACAAGCCCGAGAACUGGCAGACAAGAAGAGAGAGAACUUUGCUCUCAGAAUGGAACUGGACAAAGCCAAGGACUCCACCAAAGAAAGGGAACAGGAACUCAGUGAAGUGGUGGACAGAUAUGAAAAGAGGAUUUCAACCUUGAAAAAUGAAAUUCGUCGCCUGCAGCAGGACAAUGAAACUACUGUUCUUAUACCACCAACAAAAAAGACAUUAUUCCAAGACCCCGUGGUGAGGCCCGGUGAUAACAACAGCCAGUGUAGUAAUACGAGCAACAAUGACUCGGCCAUCGCGUACAAGGCCUCAUGUUCAGGAGCCGUGGAUCAGUACAGCAAUCUUCUGUUGAAGAAUGAGAACAAACGAUUGGAGAAGGAGAAUAAAAAACUGACCAAUAGAGUGUUACAGAUGGAGGCAGAGCUUAAACAUUAUAAAGAAAAUCGGCAGCAGAAAAGGGAAGAAAAUGGGAAAUUGACAAGUGUUGUAAAGAAAGAACCAUUAGAAGACACCAAGGGAAUAGAUCUGGACUUUUCUAUACCAAAAGUAUCUGCUAGUGUACCGCAACAAACAAGUUUUAGGGCCCCCAAGUCAUCUAAAAAAGACUUGCCAACAGAUAACAUCAACUCGGAAGAUCAGUGUGCCACACAGUGAUGGACAAAGUUUUAUUCAGGGGAAGAUCUUCCUUAAUAAAGACAUAGUUCUUAGAGUUUGAAAGCUUUGUGAGUGUGUAAAUAUUUAGCAACAGGAAAUAAUUUUUAUUUUUUUUUUAAUAUCAGCUGUUUUGGAUGUGUAUUGUAUUUAGUGAAUGGAAGAAGUUUAUUUUGUAUGAGAGUUACUCUACAGAUACAUCUAUCUAUAUAUAGUUUCUGAAGCUGAACUUUUAAUCAUUUUUCUUGGUUUAACAGAAAAUGUUUACUGUGUACAAUUGUUUAUUAAGUAUUUAUUUACUUUUAUAUCAAUUACACUCACAUACACAUGAAAGUCU